AUGGUAAUCAAAAACGGUUUAAAAUGUCCAAAUUGUUAUGCUGAAUCUAGACAAGAAUAUGAUACAAAAGAAAAUGUAGUUAAUUGUAGAAAAUGUGAUACUGUUUAUUUAUAUAAUUCAUCAAAUAAGCCAAAAUACCAAGCAUUCUCCGAUGUGAGUGAUGAUGAAGUUACUGAUCAUUCAGAUGAUUAUCAACCUUCCGAGACAUCCGAUCUAGAUGAUUUUUUCGAUGACCAAACCCAAAAAAGAAAAUUAUCAACUAGUUCUAAUGAACUCAUUGAUGAUAAGAAACAAAAAUCCAAUAAAGAAAAGCAUAAAAGCAAUAUUCCUAAACUUAAAUUUUCCGAUUCAGAAGCUGAAUUGAUGAGUGAAGGAGAACUUAAAAUACCAACCAUAUUUUCUGAUGAUUUCUUGACAAGUCCAUCAUCAACAAUCGAACCUAAAAUAGAAACAGUUACUAAUAAUGAUGUCUUAAAAUUAGAAUUUUCUGAAAUGGAAGAUGAAUCUGAUUUUGAAGAAGUCAGUAAGAAACCAAAACCAGAGACAAAGCCAAAGAAGCCAAAGUCAAGAAAGAGCCAUAAGAACGAUAUUAGUGACUAUAUUGAUAGUAGCAGCGACUCUGAAACAGAAAAGUUAAAGAUGUUUGAUCCUAAACGAAAAAAGCAAAAAAGACACUCUACCAGAGUUAGUGGAAAUAUUAACUCUAUUGGUAGAUAUAAUCCAUAUAUUGUAUUCAAUCAAAUUACUAGAAAGAAAAUAGCUGAGACUAACCCAUCUGCUAAUUCACUUGAAAUAAGUGCCUUAGUAGCAAAAGCGUGGAACACGUUGGGUGAGGAGCAAAAGAAAAAGUUUAAAGAAGACUUACAAACAAAAAAAGAUGAAAUAAACGCUAUGAGAAAGAUACGAAAGAAAAGACCAGCAGGAAAUGGAUAUCUUUUAUUCUCAAAAGAGGAAUUACCGAAAGUUAGAGCAGAACACCCUGAUAUUAGUUCAAUAAACGAUCUUAGUUCAAUUGUUGGUAUUCGUUGGAAAGGCCUUGAUCAAGCAGAAAGAGAUCGAUAUACUGCAAUUGCUAAGAAAGAGCGAGAUGAAUGGAUAAAAAAUUAUCCGGACGAGUAUCAACAAUACAUGGAUAAGAUGGUUAAUAAAAUAAAAGCCACAAAACGUAAACAAAAAGAACAAGAAAAAAAUCAGAAACUCAAAUCCCAUGCCAUGUUUCGACAUAAAUAUUAUACCUUUAUAUUAUUAGUAUUCAUUUCAACUAGUCAAUCACAAUCAGUAACUGGAUUAGGCGCUAUUCAAACAAAAAUACCUUGGAGAGCAGGACAUGCCUCAGGUUCAAAAGAUAUAAAUGCAACUAAUAUAGCAUCAGCGUCAUUAACGGGCUCAAAUGAUGUAUGGGUAUGGGAUAGUCGCAAUGGUUCGUGGUAUCAACCAACAAUUCAGGUACAAGGCGGAGUUGCAAUGCUACCUCAAAUCUACUUCAAGGCUAUUCCGUUGCCUAGUGAAGGUCAGCUUAUGGCACUUAUUAGUAAUACUUCUUCAACAACAAAUAUGAUACAGAAACUAGAUAUCAAUAGCUGGUCAUGGUCGUUUCCAACAUCAAAUAUUCAAUCUUCAGUUCGUAAUGUAGGAUAUUCAAUGACGAUAAUUAAUAAUACAAUAUAUACAUAUGGUGGAAUAUCUGCAGGCGCAAAAGGUUUCCCUAUAAUGAAUGCUCUUCAAAAUUCAUUAUCAACAAUAGAUGCUAAUAGUUACCAAUGGUCAACUGAAGCUAAUGGGUUAGGUUUAGCAGAUCAUACUACUUGCUAUUUAAAGGUUUGCAAUUGUUUGAUUACAUUUGGUGGAACAUUAACAGGAAAUCCAACCGAAGUAACAGAUGCUAUCAGUAUAUAUGAUUUAAGUAAGAAAGUAUGGAAUGUACAAGGUGCUCAUUUGGCUCCAGGAUCAUCUAUCCCUAGUGCAAGAAGAUUACAUACAGCAAAUUGCUUUGAUGAUUUUAUGGUAGUGUACGGUGGGGGAACAAAUCAGCCGGUAGAUACAGAUGUCUGGGUCCUAAAUGCUACAUCAUAUCCUGUUAUGUCAUGGCAAAAAAAGACAAUAGCAAAUCAGAGUGAAAGUCCAAGUUUACGUAUGGGACAUUCGGCCGUAUUAGAUGAAACGAAUAAAAGGAUAUAUAUAUUCGGUGGAUGGGGUGUUAGUGCAACAAAUGAUUCCAAUAUGUACGUAUUAGAUAUCAAUAAAUGGAGUUGGACUCGAGUAGCAACUACAGGAUAUUCAUUAGAUACAAUACCUUCAAUAAAUGGAACGAUUCCAAUUAAAAAAAAUGACUCUAAUACAAGCCUAAGCCCAGGAGCAAUUGCAGGUGCGGUUAUUGGUGGUGUAGUGGGUGCUCUUAUAUUAGCAGCUGCAGCAUUUUUCAUUAUACGUAAACGAAGAAGACACCAUCAACAAAAUGAAAAACAUGAUACUAUGAUCAUUGGUGAGAAUAUAUCAGAAAACCUUCAUCAUCGCCACAAUAAUGAAGAUUCAUUUUAUUAUAGCCCUAAUGGAUUUUAUAAUACAAAUGAUGAUGAUAAUAAUAAUAAUAAUGGCGAAGUAUAUUAUACUGAUAACAAUGCAGUCAGAAAAAGAAUUUCAAAGGCUUGGACUGGUCCCAAUCCAAGCAGUACACAACAUUCAUUGACAACUACAAGACGCUCCGAAAUUGGUGAUUAUACUGAUCGAGUUGUAACAGGCGUAUUAGAAGCUUUAGAUGAUAGUGGCUCAAACACGAUUAGCAAUAAUAAUAAAAGAGACUCAAAAGUUCUCCUUGUUCAUAAUAAUAGUAGUGAAACAAAUGGGAUAGGUCAAGUACCAAAUGAAGUUAUUGUGCAGAAGCCAAAUGAGUUUUCUAUUCCAGCUACAAGGCAUCCAUAUAUCCAUGUAAAUGAUGAAGAGAUAAAUAGUCCUGUACCAAUAAGUCCAAACGUAUUAAGGCCAAAUGGAGGUGGUAGUAGUAUGGUCAAUCAUACAGGCCACAGUCAAUAUUAUGGAGAAGAUGGUAAUAAUAGUAGCAGUAGUAAUAGACAACAGACAACAAGAAAUACAGCUGUUCCCAUUACUCAUGCAAGGAUAGGCAAUCCAACAGCUAGAGAGGAACUUGCUCAUAAUGAAGAUGAAGCUGGCACAAAUCGUUGGGCUUCAUUAUCUUCUUCUAUUUAUAAUCGUCCUAUGACAAGUGAAAAUAUUACCUCUCCAGUUCAAUAUAUUUUAAAUAACUCAUCUCAUCAGGUCUUAAGUGCAGCCACAUCUACUCAAACUUGGGAUACAACAAAGGAUUCACAACAAAAAAGACUUGUUAAUCAUCAUCUUCAUAACCAGCAACAAUAUCCAUCUUCUACUAUAGAUAUGCCUAUUGCAGAGAUCAUAACGCCUCCUACAACCAUUACCACAGAUAGUAGUAAAUCAAAUAGCAGAAAUACAAAUGAAUUACAGUCCUAUAGCGAUCAUAAUAGCAUCAACAGCCAUAGUAUACAACCCCAAUUUAAUAUUUAUAAUACAGUUAGCCCCUUAGACGCACUUGCUUCACUUGGACAGCAACAAUACACUGAGAGUAAUGGUCAACAGCAACAGCAAGAACAACAGCAAGAACAACAGCAAGAACAACAAGAAAAAGAAAGUAGUCAUUCUGAUAGUUGUAAUGCUUCAUUUACUAUAGUGACAGCACUGCAAGAGUCAAUUAUUCCUUCUGGUAAGAGAGCUCAAGAAACAACAACAUCUGCAGCAACGUCAACACAAGAAAUCCAAAAUCAACAACAGCAGCAUAAAUACUUUCAACAGUUAAAUCCGCUUAUUACAGUACUCCCUCAUCGCUAUAAAUUAGAUAAAACUAAAAUACCUAUCAUAGGUCCUUCUAAUAGUAUCUUAUUUGCUCUUAAAAAGGAUCAACAAACAGUAGCAAUAAAAUCAUUUGGAAGACGUGAAGCAUGGGAACGCGAAUGUCGAACCUUGAUCAAGUUGAAGUCAGACUGGAUUGUUGAAAUUUUAGAAGUUUUAACAAUUCAAGGCGAUGAUAACUCACCGUCUACUACAGCAUCUAUAUCUACUGCAGAGACUUCAUUAUUAGAUCAUAAAAGAGGUGCACAUGAUCCUAUUACUACUCAUCGUAAUAGUGAUACAGAUGAUGAAAGGGACAUCCAAUAUGUGACUGUGAUGGAAAGAUUAGAUGAAACGCUAAAUAUAUACAUUCAUAAGCAGUCCUCUGAUAAACAGAGUAAUAAUAACAUUGCCCGAGAUAUAUUAAAAUGUCUUUCAUGGUGUCAUAGUAAAGGUAUUGCAUUCUGUGAUUUGAAACCGAGUAAUAUUAUGCAUCGAUAUGGUGAACGAUGGAAAUUGAUCGAUUUUGAAGCAAGUCGUACAAUUAAUGAAGAAUGCGUAGGUGUUAUUACGCCAAGAUAUUGUGCACCUGAAGUAGCACGUGCGACUACAUAUGGAUUAGAAGGCGCAAAUGGGGUUGUGGCUACUGCUAGUGUAGAUCUAUGGUCACUAGGCUGUAUUAUUUAUGAACUGGAAACCAAGAAGGCCUUGUUUCCUAAUAACAUUAAAGAUGAAACAAUUCUUCACUUUAUAUCACAUCCUUCACCUUCAACGCCCAUUUUAAAUAAUGGACUUCGAUGGAAUGAAAACAAAGAACUAGAGAUACCUCAACUAGAAAGACUCAUACCUAAUCCACAUACAAGACAGCUGGUUCGAACAUUAUUAAGUCGAGAUCCUAAUAAACGAGGAUCUGCUUCUCAACUACUGGCUGAUCCAUAUUUCACUUAA